UCAGUCCAAUACCUUGUAGCGCCACCUUGCCUCACAACAAGCACACCUCGUAUCGCAAAGGCUGAAAGAAGUCAUACUCAACUUGCUUGUGCAGUAUACGUAAGACAAAGUCAGCACUAUGGCCACAGCUGAAACUGUAGACCUGGGCGAAGUACAUGAGCCCAAGGAGGAAUCCAUCAAGGUUUUCAGAGAGAUUGAGCAUGAUCUAAAGAAGGAAUUGCUUCACAUCCGACGGGAAUACCAGAAGCACGAGCCCGAGUAUUUUCAGGCCGUAGCACACCUCGAUGAUCACAAGCUAGCUGCAUUUGGCCCGGACGAUUUAGUUGCUGUAAGAGUAGCUGUCUCAGCCUACGGAAUCCACCUUUUCGGCAAAAUUCGCAUCCCAGCCUUGCCUGAUUCUGGGCCCGCCUAUAUUCACUUUCGGGCCUUUGUACCGGGAGGCGAACCACCAAAGCUCCAUAGCAUUCACACAGAGGAGAAAGAACACUCUGACGGUGACAAAACAUAUCGGGCCAUAUUCACCAAUGGUGAUGCGUUGGAAUGGUUUGAUACAUAGGGACAAGGUGCUAGUAGUAGGGCACCAAGGACGUUUUUUGUUUGAUCUUGCCGA